AUGAACAGAUCGUGUUUGGAGGUCAAUGUAAGUGACUACAUUUGCUUGGAACGGAUUGGCGGUGAUUAUGAGUGGAGCAAUACUCUUGCUCGUGUUAUCGGACUGCCCACAAGUCAGCACGUUCGUGUCGAAUUGUUCGAUCGUGUCGAUGCCGUGCCUGGUGGGUUUGAACCGUAUGCCGAAAAACUGGGUGAACUUGCGGUGCAGCAGGAUCGUCUUGAUGGGCUGAACGAGCUGAAAGCGCUCCAACAGCAAUACCAGCAGCUGGUGGAGGAUGAGGAUCGUUCUUCUGAACGGCUCUGCCGUGCCCGUGAGGUAACUCAAGAAAAACAGGCCAUUGCAGCGGCGUUCACUCGUCAGCAAAUGGUGGAGCUUGAUCAAGUUCGCGCCGCGAUUGAACAAGUACCCGCGCGCAGUUGGAGGAUUAUUAGGAAUAUAAACAAUCCUUCUGAGGAACUGUUUUCACUUGUCCGCGCGCUCAUGAUUGCCCUACAAGAGGAUCAUAAUGGAAGUUGGGAAAGCAUGCAGAUUGUCAUGCGUCAAAGUGAUUUUGUUGGGCGGAUAAUGGAACUUGACUGCACGGUCGCACCGCUGUCGAAACUGCAACGGAAGAAGAUAAAGAACGAGCUUGCGUUGGUCCCCGCCGAAUCGCUGAAAGAACGUAGAGGGAAGAGUGACUCAUUCCCUAAAUUGUUGCGCGGUGCUCCACUUCCAGUUGUUAUUAGGAGGUGGCUGAAUGUGCAGAUGGCGUGUUCAAGAGCUCGGGAGGCGGAGGAACGCGUCGCUGAUCGAUUGGUUGUGAAACAUGACCGAAUAGCUGCGCUGCUGUCCGAGGUCAACGGACUGCGUGGGAAGAUUGCUAUGUUAGGGGUGCAAAUUUCCGAAAAGAAGCAGGCUUUGAUUGGUGAAGAACCACUUAAUCUACUAAAUGAUGAAGAGGAACCUAUCAAUGUUGAAGGAUGCUACGUACAACGCACAACGAACGGUCGCGUUGUGAGUGAUAUUGUUUCACUCGACAGCGUUUUACUUGUUUUUGGGCCGAAGGAAAGCAAGACGCUCCUGGGUAAGGAGAUUCCCGUCUAUGUUCAACUACAACCUGAAGAAGUACUGAAGAUGCAGCAGACAGUUCGCACCGUCAACGACCUGUACGACAUUGACGAACUUGAGGCUCUCUUCGCUGCCGAGGAACGGGAUGACCAGGAGAAGCGCGAACUGCAGUUACGCAUGGAGGAGCUCAGCAAGAAGGAGUUGUUCACCGAAGAUGAUGAGGAGGAGAUGCGGCAACUUGAUGCCUUCCUCACGGAUGUGGAUCGUCGACACGAAAGGACGGUGUGGCGGCGCCGCUGCUUGGAGAAGGCUGGUCGUGACAAACUGUAUCUGGAGAAGCGCCGCCGGAUUGAGAACAUAGUGUACUCCGAUCUGCACAUAUUUUUCACUGGAGAUAAGUGGCAGGAAGUGCUUGAUAAUGAGGAGCACCGUGAAUAUCUGGACGCUGCUUUUAAGGAGGACGCAUCUGCGACACUCAGAUUACCGAAAGAGAAUUUCACCAACCUAACUUUUGAGGGUUACCCACUGGAGGCGUCGUUCACUACGGAGCACGAUAAGAGCACCCCUAAGGAGGAACUCCAGGCGUUGCUAGAGCGUUGCGCCUUCCCAACAGUUUGUGCCUUCUACCAUUCUCUAACUGGUGGAACGACGGAAUCAGUGGAAGGGGAGGACGUUGAUGGAUAG